AUGAUGAAUAUGUUUCUGAAGACUGAAACAAAAUUUAAAAAAGCAAAUUAUUCGCUAAUCAAUAAAAAAAAUCUACAGUCAACACGAAUCUUAACGAUUCAGCGCAAGGUACCCUCGAAUAAACUUUUAUUCCAAACUAAAUCACAGCUCCAUCGAAACGCUUUUCAUGAUGAUAUUUCAUUCACACCGCAUUUAAUAACUCCUCCAUUUCUAAAAUCAUCAGCAAAUGAUGAAUAUUCUAUAUUCUCAACCUCAACUGUGAAUACGUCUGUUGAUUUAGAACAAAUAGUUGUCGAUAGUCAAUUUCAACAUGAUUCUCAAAUCAAUGAAUUACAAUCUCGAAAAGCUCAUUCAAUCACAUCAUCUGCUUCAACAUCGAAAAAUUCGCAUAAUGACGAAUCAUCGUUAGCCUCUCAUACAUCUAUCAUUGGUAGAUUAUACAUUCUCAAUGAAAUCUAUCCAUCCAUUGAAUAUGAAAAUAUGAACGGAAUUCCAUUAGUUUUUCUCGGUGCCGAGAAAUUAUUACGUACUCGUAUCGAUUGGAAUAAAGUUCAUUAUCCUUUAUCAUCGUAUCAUAUUGAAAUAAUUAUUGAUCUUCUUAUGGUACGACCUUCGUUUAUUAGAGAAAUACCUAAAGUAACUAACUUUAGUCUCUAUCGACCAUUGAUUAAAACAGUAUCAGGGGGUUUAUUUUUUGAUAAUGGAGAAAAUAGAGCUGGAAUACAUCAAUGUGGCCGAAAAAAAAUCAAUCGGAAAUUUGCUAUUGAUGAUUUAGCUUCUAUUCAUCAACGUGAAUUUCAUAUAAUUAAUUACAAUGCAACAUUUGAAGAACGCUUUAUUAAAUUGUAUGAAGAUCUUUCUCAAAUUUAUUAUUAUCAAGCGAAAUCUACUCAUUGGAAAACAUAUCUGAGAAAACCGAAACAUUUCAUCGAUGCAUUUGAUGAAAUAUCGACUAGAAAACUCCACAAUAUAUAA